CGCCCAGCAGCGCCCUCCCCCUCUCCGCUGAGACUCAGGCAGCACAACAAAGACAGCCGGAGCCGUGCACAGCCGCUCCUCACACACUGGGCAAACAUGGUGAAACUCGCAUUUAAUUCGUCUCUGGCGCAGAAGGACGCCAAGAAGGAUGACGAGAACAGCGAGGUGCUGAUAAUUACCGACAACAAGGAGGUGGAAGAAGUUGUGCCACUUGGACAGAGACGAGCCUGGUGUUGGUGCAUGUGCUUUGGAUUGGCCUUUAUGUUGGCUGGUAUCGUGCUGGGUGGUGCAUACCUCUACAGAUAUUUUGUUUCACAGCGUGGAGUUUACUUCUGUGGAAUAAGGUACACUGAUGAUGAUAUGACGCUUGCUGAGCCUUACGCAGACUCUUCCCGUAUUCGAUACCACUCAUUUAAGGAGAGAAUUCAGAUUCUGGAAGAUGAAGAAGUUGAACUGAUCAAUGUGCCCGUCCCAGAAUUUGCUGAUAGUGACCCUGCUGACAUUGUACACGAUUUUCACAGGAAACUCACUGCUUACCUUGAUCUCAGCCUGAACAAAUGCUAUGUUAUCCCUCUGAACACAUCAAUUGUUAUGCCCCCAAAGAAUUUCUUAGAGCUGCUCAUCAACAUCAAGGCUGGAACAUACCUUCCCCAGUCCUACCUAAUUCAUGAACAGAUGGUGGUCACAGAUCGCAUUGAGAAUGUAGACCAGCUGGGUGUCUUUAUUCGCCGCCUCUGCCAGGACAAGGAGACCUACAAACUUCAGCGCAGAGAGCCAGUUCGAGGGAGACAGAAACGGGAUCUUCAGGGCUGCUUCAGAAUUAAUCACUUUGAAAACAAAUUUGCGGUGCAAACAAUGAUUUGCCACUAAAAGUUACUUGGAUACAUUGUCAGCCGUUUCUCAACAGUAUAGCCCUGUCCUUUUGUGUGUAGUUAUUACUUUAAGGGAAGGUUUUGUUAUUAGUGGCCAGACCUUUGCACAGUAAAUUCACUUUCAUCUCAUUUGAUUUUCAUCAACAUGUUUGUUUUAUUUUUCCAUUUUCUUCAACUACUAAGUGUGAUAUUUUAUAUUUAAAUAUAUGGAAAUUGUCAUUUAAAUAAGAGAUGCUAGACGAAUUUUCAUUCCUGCUGAUUUAGUGUAAGACUUUUUAAAAACUUUUUACAUAGAAACGUCACUGCAUUUACUAUAUAUACUGCACUGUUACUCCAUAACAACGCUUAAAGAAGCUAAACAAACUAUAUGCAUUCAUUUGCGUCAAGCCUGUUAAUAAUGCAUGUUCAUUCACCUAAAAUAGACCCCCACUCCUCCCAUAUAUGUAUACAUAUUUUCUGGAAAGCUCAGGACUAACUAAAGUCAUUGUUGGUAAUAUGGAUAAAGAAUAUAAAAACAAAUAUGAUCGGCUUUAGUGAUCAGUGGCACUUCCACUGCUGAUGACCCACAGCUGGAAAUGCUUUCUGUAGUUUGAAUUUGAAAGUCUUUCAGCUCUGUUAAACUUUCAAAUAGAAGUGCUGCCUGAAGGGCAAACAUGACAAGGUGCUGGCUUCAACCUUUGUUGGCCAAGGAGAACUCAUCCUUUUGUGUGCUCCUCUGACCCGUUGUCUUUCACCUGAACUUCCCUGACUUCUUGGCUAAGCUGCAUCACAAGUUCAUUCUUGUCCAGUGGAUAUGGCCAAAAGAGCACUCAUUAAACUAGGAGAGAGCGAGUGGUGCUUGGCCUAGAAAUCAGGGGAAUGGAGGCCUUGGUAACCAAGUGAAACGGGUCAGAGGAGUUCCAACAUGCUAAUUUAACGCACACGUUCUUGUAGAAAUGGUUGUGCAUCUAAGUGGGUGCUGUAGCAACCAACACAACUGUGUCAAAGCAAAACAUUUUUACCAGCACACCAAGGAACUCCAGAGUGGGAUCCAAAGCGUUAAUCCGCGAUCACAUCGGUACAGCAGAUGGCAACGUUUCGGAGCCAUGCAGGACCCCUUCAUCAGGCAUGUGACCAACAAGGCAGAGGGACAUACAGGAAUGGUUGGACAUUACACUAGUAGCGUCUUUCAUGUGUGAUCUUAGGCGGUAUUUUUACUUUGGAAGGUUUCAAAUUACUGACCGGCUCAUUUUAACAGGGUGCCUCCUUCUGUUUUAAGUUUUUUUAUUUUGACCAAUUUGAUUAUUUUUGGCAUUUGAAGGAAGAACUUCUGUUUAUUAAUACAUGCAGCAUGUAUUUUCAUGGGAGGAUAGAAGGGUGUGCUUGGUUGCUGUGAAAAACCGUUCUUCAUACACAAUACAAAAGUACCCAAAUUACCUGUUUUAAAUUUUCUUGGGGGAAAAAAAUGGAGGCCAAUUUGUGGCUUUCAGCAACAGUUUGACUUUUAUGCACUUUGAAUAAAGAGGCCCAUCGUGGCUGUCAAGACCUGAGGGAGAACUGCAUUUUGUUGGUCCUGCAAGGACUGCUCAGCUUGAUGAAGUCUCCUAUGCAGAAUAGCCACUAAAACACACGAGUUGCAUUUUAAACAAGGCACUUAUCAAGUGGGAGAAUUUACAAAUGAAUGUAUGUUCUCUCAUGUAUGUAAAUUAGAAUAAGGAUAUUAUGAGGUUUGCUGUCAUUUGGCUUGUAUAACAGUAAUGGCUGGAGUCUCUCCUUAAAUUGACAAAGGCAGGCUUAUACCUUCUGCAAGCUGACUAAUGUAUGGCUGGAUGGAUACUGCUCAGUACAGCCUGGCAGAAUGUAUCUUCUUUUUUUUUUUCAUUUAGUUUUUAAACCCUGUGUUGUGCAGAGCACGUCUGGGGGAACACAUUGAGCAACCUGCUUAUUUUACAGAAUGGAGGUUAUGAGGAAUCAAAACUGGAAUGACCUCAUCAGAAUCUCGUAUAGCUGGUAAAGAUGAUGAGAUAUGGGAUCCAUUAAGCUUAAAUGUUGCGUUUUUGCUGAAAAUGCCAUUGUAUGUAAAUAUUUAGGACACUGUCUCUGUGCAUAUAGGCGUACAAAUACUUAUGGGAGCAUUUGUGUACAUACAUAUAGACAUACAUGCUUUAUGGAAAAUAUUAUGGUCUUGGCAUUUGCAUUGCACCUUUUGAAGAUGUCUGUGUUGGUAAGUAACCUGACCUCCAGCUUUAUUCCAUUGGAAAGCCUUUGCAGGUGUGCAUUUCUAACUACUACGAAAAGGCAAUUCUUCUUUUUUUUCUGUGUUACUGUUUUUGUUUUUAAGCUUUUUCUUAAAUCUGUUUUUAACUGGUUGAUGGUUUGCUAUGCCCUCUUAUUUUAAAAACAGGAGUGUCAAUAAAAAAAAUUGGAUGGUAACAUGUGUUACUAAUUUGUAUAUAAUUGUACUUGUAAAGGAAUAAAACUUAUACCACAUGUUUAA